AGAUGCUGUGGAUGGAUAGACUGCAUCGCAUUGCCACAGCUGUGCACAUCAGUGUGCUGUUUUCAGAACUGGCAAUCCCUCUGCUUUGGCUCACUCCGUCUAGAACACAGUUAUCCAGGGGAAUUCUACAACAGUAGCCCGUUUAUAUCCCCGCAGCACCAGUAGAUGGCGCCAUGUCAUUGAUACGAAGAGUCGGGCACCAUAGCGUACGCACCUCCAUCGAUGUGGGUACCCCGACGAAUGAUACCAGAUAUACAGCUCCAUUUCCUACGAUAUGUUAGAAUUAAAUUGUCAUGUUUCUGCCUUUAAUAAAUUACCCGUUGCUACGAGGAGGAAAGGUUAUAAUCUCGCAAAGAGGACGCAGUUCACCAAGAUGUAUUUCAUGUAUCUCACUUUCUCUUCUCCAAGUAUGUUUUGAGUGUACCAAACACUGGUCCAGCACCCAUUCAAGACAUUAAGCGAACUGUUUGUCGCCGAAGUAUGGCAUCAAGGAUGUUAAAUCAGCUCACAAAAAGACGCAAAAAUACCGCCUCAGAGCAGAUGUUCCAUGACUGGGGGAUGCUGAUCAGGAGGUGGAGUUCAGUAGGCUAACUUACUUCCUUAACUCGACUGCAGGACUCCGCUGGAGUAUAAACAAACCCAGCCUUGGCUUCCAAACCACACAGCAGCAGGAUCAAAGGGGCGGCCACCCUUUCUUUUCCACUAAAAGCUUAUUUUUGUUCGUGAUAACCCUCUUCCGAACAAUGGCUGCUCUCUCUGCCUGGUUUUGGAAUGAAAGAUUCUGGCUUCCUCAGAAUGUUACCUGGGCGGACUUUGCGGACCCAGAACCCGGAGUGGAGUAUCCCAAAGCCGGACACUUGUUCUCCGCUUUACCGCUGGCUUUGGGAAUAUUUGCUGUCAGGAUAUUAUUUGAAAGAUUUGUCGCUCGCCCAUGUGCACACAUCCUGCAGAUCCACACAGAAGUCAGUCGGAUGGCCACGCCCAACGGCGCCCUGGAGAGAGUGUUUACCUGCGUUACUAAGUCUCCAGACUGCAGGCAGGUGGAGGGGCUCUCUAAGCAGCUGGACUGGGACGUGCGUGAGGUGCAGCGAUGGUUUCGCCAUCGACGUAACCAGGACAAGCCCAGCACCCUCACCAAAUACUGCGAGAGCAUGUGGAAGUUUGUAUUUUACCUGUGCAUAUUUACCUAUGGAGUGCACUUUCUGUGGAAGUCACCCUGGACAUGGGACACAAGGCACUGCUGGUACGACUACCCCUAUCAGGGCCUCUCCCCAGGACUGCAUCUGUACUACAUGAUGGAGCUGGCCUUCUACUGCUCCCUGUUCUUCUCCCAGUUCACCGACAUCCGGAGGAAGGACUUCCUGAUGAUGUUUAUCCACCACCUAGCCACUGUAGGCCUGAUCAGCUUCUCCUAUGUCAACAACAUGCUGCGCGUGGGCAGCCUGGUCAUGUGCCUGCAUGAUGCCGCAGACAUCCUGCUGGAGGCUGCUAAGAUGGCUAUCUACGCAAAGUCCCAGUGGCUGAGUGACUUCCUGUUUACCGUGUUUGGGCUCGUCUUCUUCAGCACGAGACUCGUCAUCUACCCCGUUUGGAUCCUCCACACCACCCUGUUUGAGAGCUGGCAGAUGAUUGGUCCAUACCCGUCCUGGUGGCUCUUUAAUGGGCUGCUGCUGCUGCUGCAGGUUCUCCACGUGCUCUGGUUCUGGCUGAUCAUCCGCGUCUCCAUCAAAGCACUGAUCCGGGGAAAGGUGUCUAAGGAUGACCGCAGUGAUGUAGAGAGCAGCUCGGAGGAGGAAGACGGGGUGAGGUCGGGGGUUAGGGUGACCCCCAGAGGGAGGGGCUUGUCAUCCAAGAGUGAGAAUGACACCAAUGGUCACCUGACCUCCUCGCCAUGGCAACAGGGCCACUGAGAUGGGGAGACCACAGAGCGCAAAGGCGGAAAUGGCACCGGUGUGCACCCCAAAAAAAAAACCAACCCCCCAAAUCCAGAACUCUUCCGUCCUAAUCCCACUCCCGUCCCAGAGAACACUGAAGGAGAGUAAGGGGAAGGCCCACAUAUCGCAGGACUUGGAUUUAGGGGUGAGAGCGGCCGGACAGACAGACACUGAAGGUGGACAGAUGUACUCUGAAGAUCCUGACUCUCUCCCCCUCACUCCCCUGACUGGAGCAUUCUGGGUUUUUUACUCUCUCUUCUUGAUCAUGCUGUGUUUGUUUUUUUAAGUGACUUUUAUUGUGAGACCAAACACUUUAUUAUUAAAAUGUUGAUUGCUUUGAGCAUAA